UCAUUAAAUUGACUUCUCUUGAGCAGGAAUGGCCAUAGAUGGUAAACCCAGGACCCUGCAUUCACUAUAUCCGGUCUCCCCGGACCCUGCAUUCACUAUAUCUGGUCUCCCAGGACCCUGCAUUCACUAUAUCUGGUCCCCCAGGACCCUGCAUUCACUGGUCCCCCAGGACCCUGCAUUCACUAUAUCUGGUCUCCCCGGACCCUGCAUUCACUAUACCUGGUUUCCCAGGACCCUGCAUUCACUAUAUCUGGUCUCCCCGGACCCUAUAUUCACUAUAUCUGGUCUCCCCGGACCCUGCAUUCACUAUAUCUGGUCUCCCCGGACCCUGCAUUCA